UUGAUUGAAUCACACUCAGAAAUACUGAGGAGUUAAAGGCUUUGACCCCUCCACCUGUGUGGAGCUCAGGGCAAAAGCCAAAGGAGAUUUCUGUCCUUGGAGUAUGUUUCUCUCCUCAUACUUCCCAAAAUGAAUCCAAACAUCCAGAAUCGUGAAUUCUGGGAGAGCCUCCAUGGAAAGAUCCCAGGUCUGCUGGACUGGAAAAUGAAUGAAGAGUUGAAAUUAGCAACCACCACUGACCAGCUACCCAGGGAUACUUCCUUGGAACCUAAUUUAUGGAUGUGGGUGAAUCUCAACCUAGUAUGUCCUCCAGCUGAAAUGCAGACUUCAAAGCAGCGGGAUUUGGUCAAUAACCCUCCAGCCACCAGAGAAGAAAAUGCUUUUUUUUUAGAGGACAGCCAGCAGCCCCAGGCCUCCACCAGCCAGCAGCCCCAGGCCUCCACCAGCCAGCAGCCCCAGCUCACUGAAGAGGAGGAAGAAGAGAACACUUCCACAGCCCUCUCAGCUUCCCACAAAGUAGGACUCCUUCGAAAGCGUCAGCGACAGGUGGGCACGCAGACAGGAGCCCGGUGGCCCAGACCUCCCCUUAAUUACUGUCACCUAAUCGCCCUAGCACUGAAAAACAGCCCUUCUAGAGGACUCAAUGUCCAGGAGAUCUACAAUUUCACCCGACAACACUUCCCCUUUUUCCAGACAGCUCCAGAGGGCUGGAAAAACACAGUUCGCCACAACCUCUGCUUUCGGGGCAGUUUUGAGAAGGCCCCACUGAGCCCAGAGAGGGAAACCACCAUGAGUCGCCCUCGCUCCUGCCGGUGGCGUCUCACGGAGGAAGGCUACCGGCGCUUUGCUGAGGAAGCCAGGGCUUUGGCAUCUGCCCGGUUCCACAACAUCCAAAAGUCCAUGAGUCAGCCAGAAAUGAUGUCUAUUCUCUUUGACCUCUGACUGCCAAGGCAAGUGGCACAGCAAGGAAAAUUCAUGCUUAAAGUCCCCAGUGCCUGUUAUUCUCUAUCAACUUACAAGUGGUGCUCUGUACAAGUGGUCUUCUUUGAGAGGAGGAGGUAUUCUUGAGGGAGGGGGCUGGGUAUUUUUGCCCAAUUUCCCAAUAGCCAUUGGUUUUCCUUCAUUAAAUUCAUUAACUUCUUUA